AUUAUGAUUUUUGUUUUAUUUUUACAUUACGACGUCCACUUUUGAACAACAGACUUGCCAUACAAGUAUAGUAGUUAGUCGAUUCAGUUUCCGAAAGUGGAAGAUGGAUAAGGCUCUGCUGAUAAGCGGAGAAAGCAGUAACACUAACAACAUACGGCCGCCUUCUUCCUACACUCGUCGCUCCCAAGCGAUCACGCGCGGCUCUCGUUACCAGAAGGCCGCGGCUCUCGUGGAUCUGGCUGCAGAUGGUGAUGGUUUACCAGAGGAAAUUCUUGAUCAGUCAGAGUCGAGCUUCGAGACUUCUGCCAAGUUCUACUUCAUGUUUAUUAAGUUUGAAUUCAUUUGGUCCCUUAAUUAUUUUGCUUUGAUAGUCUUGAAUUUCUUAGAGAAACCUUUGUGGUGCUCAAAGAGUUCUCUAACAUAUUCUUGCACUGAUAGAGAUUACUAUUAUCUUGGGCAGUUGCCAUACUUAAGUGGUACAGAGUCACUUAUUUAUGAGGGCAUAACUCUCAUUGUGCUUGUGAUACAUACUUUCUUUCCAAUUUCAUUCGAAGGGUCACAGGUCUACUGGAAAAAUCCUUUUACUCGGUUGAAGGUCAUGUGCCUAUUAAUUUUGGUUGCUGAUCUUCUGGUUUAUGUUCUCUACUUGUCUCCAGUGGCAUUUGACUCACUUCCUCUCAGGAUUGCACCAUAUAUCAGAGUUGCUUUUUUCACCCUAAACAUUAGAGAAUUACGAGAUAGCAUCUUCGUUUUGGCUGGAAUGCUUGGCAUGUACUUGAAUGUCUUGGCACUUGGGCUUUUGUUCCUGCUGAUCGCCAGUUGGGUAGCGUAUGUCAUGUUUGAAGACACGCAACAGGGUAAAACAGUAUUUACUUCGUAUGGUACCACAUUGUAUAAGAUGUUAAUUUUAUUCACCACUUCCAACAACCCGGAUGUCUGGAUACCUGCGUACAAGGAUAACCCCCAAAUGAAGGUCACCAACUUGAUCCUUGCUGUUGUAUAUGAUAGCUUCAAAGGUCAGCUUGCAAAGCAAGUUUCUGAUAUGGAUCGCAUGAGGAAAAGUAUAUUGGGAAAGGCCUUUAAUCUUAUUGAUAAAGAUAAUGUCGGAUCCCUCGACAAAGAGCAAUGUAUACAACUGUUUCAAGAACUUAACAAAUAUAGGACUUUGCCAAAAAUAUCAAGAGAAGAAUUUGAGUUAAUAUUUUAUGAGCUGGAUGACACCCAUGAUUUCAAGAUCAAUUUGGAUGAAUUCUAUGACCUUUGCAAUGCCAUUGCUCUAAGAUUCCUAAAAGAGGAUGCACCAUCUUGUUUUGAAAGAUUUCCGUUAGUUUACCGUUCACCAUUUUCCGAAAAGUUGAAAGCUUUUGUACGAAGCCCCAAAUUUGGAUACAUAAUAACCUUCAUUCUCGUAGUGAAUCUAGCUGCCGUUAUUGUUGAAACAAUGCUUGAUAUAGAAAACAGUUCUGGACAGAAGGUGUGGCAAGAGGUGGAAUUUGUCUUUGGGUGGAUAUAUGUACUGGAAAUGGCUCUGAAAGUUUAUUCAUUUGGAUUUGAGAAUUAUUGGAGGGAUGGUCAAAAUCGCUUUGAUUUUCUGAUAACAUGGAUAAUAGUUAUCGGCGAAACCAUAACUUUUGUGUCCCCUAAUAGCCUUACCUUUCUUUCGAACGGAGAAUGGAUCCGCUACCUUCUUCUCGCAAGAAUGCUAAGAUUGAUCAGGAUCCUAAUGCAUGUCCAACGUUACCGAGCUUUUCUUGCCACAUUCUUAACCCUUAUACCAAGUUUAAUGCCUUAUCUUGGGAUCAUAUUUUGUGUCUUAUGUAUCUAUUGCUCUCUUGGUGUACAGAUCUUUGGCGGGAUUGUCAAUGUGGGGAACACAAAGGUGGAAGAGACUGAUCUUGCAGAUGAUGACUAUUUACUUUUUAAUUUUAAUGACUAUCCAAAUGGAAUGGUGACUCUUUUCAAUUUGCUGGUUAUGAAUAAUUGGCAAGAUUGGAUGCAGAGCUACAAAGAAUUGACAGGAACCUCUUGGACCCUUGUAUAUUUUAUCAGCUUCUACCUGAUAAAUGUUGUAUUACUCUUGAAUUUGAUUGUAGCGUUUAUCUUGGAGGCAUUCUUUGCUGAAUUGGAAUGCGAAGAAGAUGACAAGGAUGGAAGAAGCAAGGAAAGACGCCGAUAUGUUGUUGGUGCCAAAACUCGAAGUCAGAGAGUUGAUAGGCUUCUCCAUCACAUGCUGAGUGCAGAGCUAAAUGAUUCUGGCGAUACGUAGUUUGAUUUCAUUUCACAUUCUGGUGUGUGAUAAUUAAAAUAAAUCUUACUGCUUCUUUUCGAAGUUCAGUUUUCAUUGUCGCAAGUUUGUGUUAUUUACAUUGUCUUUUGGUUUUUUUUUGUUUUUUCCAAUUUUGUUGCCUACAAUUAUUGCACGCAUCAGUCCCCAGUCCAAUUAUAUGGUAUAGCUACAUAGAGAACAGUGGAUACUAGUUCAAAUUUAAUGGUAAAGAUUGUCAUUUGUUGCUAAAUUGCUCAUUGCUUAUUUGGUAAAAUGAAACCAAAUCCUUUAAUGAGAUGUGGAAUUCCCUGUUUGAAAAUUCAAGUGUUGAGGACAUUGGAUGCAAAUUUUAUAGAUUUGUACAAUUAGACUGAAACAUGUGCUGCUGUUUAUUCACAACAAGCAUUUGACUGAAAUAACGACAGAAUUUAAAUGAACUCUCUUUCAUUUUGAUUCUGCAUUCUCAUUUGUUGCAUAUUAAACUGUGUU